AUGUCUUCAGCACCGGUACCUACUCUGGGCUAUUGGGAGUGUAGAGGUAUGGGUCAGCCCAUACGCUCACUACUGGCCUACGCGGGCGUCAACUAUACGGACAAACGCUAUAAAUUCAGUGUCAGUGAGAUCUGGGAGUCGGAUAAGACGGACACAUUGGGACUGGACUUCCCUAAACUUCCCUAUUAUAUCGAUGGGGACCUAAAACUGAGUCAAUCGAUGUCUAUAUUGAGAUAUUUGGGCCGAAAGUAUGCACUCGUGGCCACUGAUGACCGCCAGCGGGCCCUACAAGACAUGUGCGAACAACAGGUCAUAGAUAUGGCCCAGAGUUUUGUUAAAACAAUAGUAUUUGCCGCCGAUUAUAAGGCAAAAACCUCCGAUUACUUGAGCUCUACUCUUAAGCCACAGUUGGAUCUAUUGGUGAAGUUCUUGGCCGACAAACAAUGGCUAAUCGGCGGACAGUUGUCUUACGUAGACUUCAUUGCUUAUGAAGUGAUGGAUUGGUUGAGACGAUUCACACCCGAGACUAUCGGCAAAUACGCGACUAUUGGCCAGUAUUUGGAUCGCUUUGAAGCGUUGCCGGCUAUUAAUGCUUAUCAAAACUCUGUCCAAUAUAAACCUGGUCCAAUUAUGGGUCAUGGUGAUGGUUGGAAUUUGUAA